CUUUUCGUCUAUGCUUCUCAGCUCUGCCCAAGGUACAUGAGAUGCUGCUUGUUCGACCCCGAGCCUGAAAUCUCUAGCGCAACAAGUAUCGACGAGACUUCAGAAUUCAGACGCCAUAGCCAAUGUUACAGUAGCGGAUGAUUGAAGCAUCCAGAGUUGAGCUAUUAUUAUUCCUGAUAAUAAUAGCAUUUCUUUCUUAUGCAAUUACGCCCUCUUGCGGAGAAUCCUCCACAUGCUUGACGGUUUACAAAGAGGGCGGUGCUCCGGCGGUUUUUCGAUCCCCCAAAUGCCCCCGAUGGAACCUCUCAAAGCCUCCUCUCGAUUCACGGACCACCACCGCCCGUUGCCAAUCUGCCACUCUUCAGGGUCGCCGAAACUCCCAGGAGGAUCGCACUCUCUGUGCCCUCGACAUUCGCAUCCCCUUCCCCGGUAAGAUUGGGGUCAAGGAGGUUGUAGUCGGCAUCGUUGCGGUUUUUGAUGGCCAUAAUGGCGCUGAUGCCAGUGACAUGGCUUCCAAGCUUUUGUUGGAGUAUUUCGUUUUGCAUACGUAUUUCCUUCUUGAUGCAACGUUUUCGAAGAAAUCUGCCGGAAGGUUUCUGGAUAAGAGAGAAUAUGAUGUUUUUCGAGUGCUUAACUGGGAUGAAAGAACUACUAGGUUUAAGUAUUCGUGGCCAGCGGAUCUUGAUGAUUCUCUUCACUUAGAAAUUUUGAAGGAAGCAUUGCUGAGGGCAAUCCAUGACAUUGAUGUGACCUUUUCUAAGGAGGCGUCUAGAAGGCAUCUUAAUUCUGGUUCUACAGCCACAGUCAUACUAAUAGCAGAUGGUCAAAUUUUAGUUGCCAACAUUGGAGAUUCGAAGGCAUUUCUGUGCUCCGAGAAAUUCCAGUCUCCUGCAGAGGCUAAAGCGACUCUAAUAAGGCUAUACAGGGAGAAACGACGCAAUGGUGCUAUUUCCCGUGCAACAGAUUAUGACAACUUCAAAGCAGCUUCCUCCAAUGGACUGGUGCAUUUUUAUGUCAAGGAAUUGACCAGAGAUCAUCAUCCAGAUAGAGAUGAUGAAAGGAUGAGGGUGGAAACUGCUGGUGGGUAUGUUUUGGAGUUGGGUGGUGUGCCCCGAGUAAAUGGCCAGUUGGCUAUUUCCCGAGCAAUUGGUGAUGUGUCCUUUAAAAGUUUUGGUGUUAUAUCUGCACCAGAGGUCACAGAUUGGCAACCUCUGACCAUGAAUGAUAGCUAUCUUGUGGCUGCAUCUGAUGGAAUUUUUGAGAAGUUGAGCAUGCAGGAUGUUUGUGAUUUGUUGUGGGAAGUGCAGAGUCAUGGUACCUCGAGAUCAGAACUUUCUGCUUCAUGCUUGUACUCAUUAGCUGAUUGUUUAGUUAACACGGCCUUUGAAAAGGGCAGUAUGGAUAAUGUAGCAGCUGUUGUGGUUCGUUUGGGAUUGUUGGGUUUUUCUGAAGAUUUACUUAAUGAAAGGUGUGUUGGAGAGGGAGACAGAGAUGUCACAGCAACAGGAGUUCUAAAGUUCAGUUAUAAACGCUCAGCUGAUGGCACCACUUCUGACCUAGUGGAAUUGGACCUUACUCAUCCAGUUGUGGACAAGUUUGAAAGAUUAUUGGUCAAGAGGAAAAAUUGCAAUUUUGGCUGUUUUCAUUUAUUUGAGAACCUUGAUGAACAUAUGGAUUACCCAUUGCAAGCUGGAAAGGAUGACCAGACAGACUAUAUGUAUGACCUACCUCAGGCUCUACCUGAGGCCCUUGAUCAACAGUGUGGUGGACUUUUAGAUUUGCAUAAUGACCAGAGUUUGUGCUUCUACCUUGGUAUGACUGUUGAUGGAGCUAAAGAUCAGUGCAUAAAUCCUGAAGGCUUUGCUAGUUUUCUUGGUCUGCUUCAGUCGAUUCCACUCCAUGACACUGGUUCAAAUUAUGGAUCAUUUGAGUAUGCGAUGCCGGACUUGAGGUACAAACUAAAGAAGAGGUUUGGUCGGGGAUCAUAUGGUGAAGUAUGGUUGGCUUUUCAUUGGGAUUGUUGUCAAGAAAACAAUGGUUCAAACUGUUAUGGAAAGAACAAUUAUAUCUCACCUAAUUCUUUUCAUUUUAACUCAAACCAUAGUUCAUCUACUCAUAGUCAGGCUGAUCCUGCUGAUGAGAACUUGUUCAUUUUGAAACGUAUAAUGGUGGAGAGGGGAGCCGCCGUUUACUUAAGUGGUCUACGGGAGAAGCAUUUUGGUGAAGUUUUCUUAAAUGCAUCUAAGUGCCUUGGAGGCUUGCUAUCAGCUGGAACUUCAAAUACUGUAGUGGAUGAAUCACAGCUGGGAAUAUCUGACCCAUUAGAGAUAAAUGAUACAAUGGUCCAUGAAAAUACUUGGAGUUUUGAAAAUGUAUUUCUCAACAAAUUUAGAACUCAAAGGGUGACAUAUGAAGAAGGUCUGAACCAUAUUGCAAGAUAUGUAGAGUCUUUCGAAUCUCGAUCUAAUGAAAUAUGGCUUGUAUUUCGACAUGAAGGUGUGUCCUUGUCAAAGCUUAUGUAUACCGUGGAAGAUGUAGAUAAAAAUGCUGAUGAAGGGGUUGAACAUGUAAAACACGUUCAGAUAUUGCGUCCCUCAAAAUGGUGGCAUUGGUUGAAGACUACAGAAGCAGGACAACAGGAAAUGCGGAGUCUUAUAUGGCAGUUGUUGUUGGGGAUCAAGUCCUGUCAUGAUCGCAAUAUCACCCACAGGGAUAUCAAACCCGAGAACAUGGUCAUAUGUUUUGAAGAUCAAGACACAGGGAGAUGCCUAAAAGAAAGUCCAACUGGAGAUAAGAAUGUCACCACCAAAAUGCGCAUUAUUGACUUUGGUAGUGCGAUAGAUGAUUUCACAAUGAAGCAUUUCUAUGGUUCCACUGGACCUUCUAGAGCUGAACAAACUUACGAGUAUGCUCCACCUGAAGCACUUCUCAAUGCAAGUUUCUAUCAUGGGCCAAUAAGUACAACUUUGAAGUAUGAUAUGUGGAGCAUUGGUGUUGUGAUGUUAGAGUUAAUCCUAGGAUCACCAAAUGUUUUUCAGAUAAGUGCUUUAACACGUGCUCUUUUAGACCAGCAUCUUAAGGGUUGGAACGAAGGCCUAAAAGAGCUCGCAUAUAAACUUAGAUCAUUCAUGGAAUUGUGUAUCUUAAUCUCUGGGAGUUCCUCAAAACACCAGCACUCAAUGGACCGAGUUGGACUUUCACCAGCCUCCUGGAAAUGCUCUGAAGAAUUUUUUUCCAAUCAGAUAAAGAGUAGAGAUCCUCUGAAACUAGGGUUUCCAAAUGUAGCAGCUUUGCGAUUAGUGCGCCAUCUAUUAAUUUGGGAUCCGGAGGAUAGAUUUAGUGUUGAUGAGGCUUUAAGGCAUCCUUAUUUCCAACCUCCUCCCGAACGAUAAGUAUUUCGCAAAGUUCACUAAUUAUUUUACUGGUGAUUUCUUUUCCCAACAAGGUUUCAUUUGUCAUUAAUCGGGAAAGGAAUUUGGAAGUCAGAAUUGCGAAGCCUUGCAGAAACCGUUUCAGGAUAUUUUAACUGAUCCAAACACACGAAUACAUGGGGAAAUUGUAGAAAUAUCUUGAUUUUCAUUUGCCUGGGCAAAUGAUCUACAUUAUUGCACUUGCCAAUACAUACAAGCAAAAAGCAAUUGAUUAAAGAUCUACAAUGGCUA